AUGGAAAACGACGUACCUAAUUCUAGAGCUCCUGUACGCCGGGUCUUGGUCCGAACCAAGACUGAUCUGGCGCCAAAGGGCUCUGGGGCAAAGAGAGUCGGGUUCCUCCGGGGUUUAUUCCAAAAGCUCGGAUUGGCCAAGGAUAAGUUGAACAAAGAGGGCAGUACAACCCCACGCCGCGAAUUCCAGGUUGAGGACGCCAGCUUCCCCUCGGUUACCGUAUUUGAUAAUCCUAGUGAAGUCUUCUUAAGAUCAGACGGUACACCAUUAGUACGUACAAGGUCAGUACCAACUACGAAUUAUCAGAGCACCCGAGCUCUAUGGGAAGAGGUGAGCACGAUCCAGUCAUUCCUGUGGAUCCCUCGCAACGUGACAUCUUAUCGAGAUAUUCAAAACCAAGAGGUCGAAAGCCGUAUGCAGCAUCUGAUUAUGCGGUGUUCAAUGGAUGGUUAUGAAGUAACUCUUCAGGAGGCGUACGACGUAUUGCGUUUGGUGGAAGGAGCUGUUGGCGAGGCUGUUGAAUAUAUGAAGGUAUUGAGAGAUUUUGAUAAUUAAUCUAGCACCAACUACAUAUAUAUAUGGGAGUGGCUUGUUUAGAGCGAGGCAAGAAGACAGAGUACCUCUUGGGUGUGUAUCAUGGCAUGUCCGCGUAUUGAGGUCGUACCUGAUCAAAGGAGGGGGAAUAGGAUACCGCACAUGUUGGUUCGAUGAGCGCUGUAUGAUA